GUGAUUGGUCAAAAUCUCGUGGUGCUACCAGCAGUGGACAACAAUCAUGGCCGACCAAGGAGGGUGGCCGUUUUCCUCCGAUCCUUUACCCGAUCUAGGAGCAAGUUUCAAUGUACCUUCAGACUUAGAAACAACAGGAAUAGGUGAUAUAGAUGAUAUGAUGCAAUAUUUGUGUCCUGGUGCACCUCCAGAUGAUUUGUUUGAUGGUCAGUUAUCAGCUAUCAAAACAGACCCAGAUCUCUUGUCUCCAGUGCUGGAUGACCCGAACUUAAAUCUGGACAAUUUGGAUGCUCUUCUAAAUUUCAAUGAGUCACAGACACUUAAACCUCCCCCUGAUUACAAGCAAGUAACACAGCAGCAGCAGCAGCCACUGAGACAGUUGUUUCAACAACAGCCACAAAUUCAACAGAAGCAGCAACAAUCAGUGCAGAAUGUGAAGCAACAGCAGCCACAGCAGUUAUUAUUACAACAGCUAGCACAGCAAGUGGAACAGCAGAAAUUACAAAAUGCCUUGCAGAAUUUACAACGGCAACAGCAGCAGCAGCAACAACAGCAGCAAGCACAAGUUACUUUACAGCAGCUACAACAGUUGUUACUGCAAGCACAGAUGAAGCCAGAUACCUCCCCAAAGGUAGUUACCAUCUCCACCACCUCUCCAGCUCUGAGUAAUCUGAGCAAUGUGAACACUGUGACCACUUCAGUCAACCCUGUCCAAACUGUGGUGACCACUAGCCAAGGCAGCGCAAUACUGACCACAAGUAUCCCCAUACAGCUGGUGGACGCUGAGAAGGUUCCCAUCUCCAGGUUGAAUACAUCUCAGACCAAAAACCCACCCAAGGGAGAGAAGAGGACAGCACAUAAUGCUAUUGAGAAAAGAUACAGGCUCAGUAUCAAUGAUAAGAUUCUGGAGCUGAAAGACCUUGUGUCAGGGACUGAUGCUAAGUUGAACAAGUCUGCAGUAUUGAGAAAGGCCAUUGAAUAUGUGAAAUACAUGCAACAACAGAACAAUAGAUUGAAGCAGGAAAAUAUGGCUCUCAAGAUGGCCUUGAAGAAGCAGAACAUUGCAGAUUUACUGACCAGUGGUCAAGAAUACUUGACCCCACCUAAUUCUGAGACUGGAUCUCCAAUCCACAGUCCUCCAACCAGUGAUACUGACCAGCCAGUAAGUCCAUGUUCUAGUGAGGACAGCAACUCUUCAGAUGGCAGCAGCAGUCUUACUACCCGCGCCAUGAUGGACAGGUCUCGCAUGGCCCUGUGUGUGUUCAUGUUUGCUAUCUUGGCAUUCAACCCUUUUGGUGCACUGAUGGGCAGUGUGGACAGGGGAAUAGCUGGGGAUUACACAGGGGGACACAUGGGCAGUGCAAGGACGCUUAACAGCCUGGGAAGUGAAGAUCUUGCAAGUGGUCCAGUCAGCUGGUGGGAUUGGUUAUUCCCUUCAGCAUUCAUAUGGAUGUUGAACACAAUACUGGUGUUUGGGGUGCUGGCCCGUAUUCUCAUCUAUGGAGAACCUGUGACCAAGCCCUUAUCUGAAACCUCAGUGCAGUUUUGGCGGCAUCGCAAGCAGGCAGAUAUGGAUUUAGCACGGGGGGAAUACAACACGGCCAACAUUCAACUACAGAAAAGUCUUUCUGCCAUUGGUCGUUCCUUACCAACCUCCAACUUUGACCUAGCAGCAAGUAUGUUUUGGAACCUCCUGCGCCAGGCCCUUCAUCGUCUCUAUAUUGGCAAGUGGAUGUCCUGCAGGGCCGGGGGCUUGAGGACAAGUGAAUCCAAGGCCACAGAAGCCAAGCAGUCCUCAAAGAAUGCUGCUUUGGCCUAUCAUAAGCUAAACCAACUAUGGCUAACAGGACAUGGUGGCGGAGGUGUGCUGUCAGGUUUAAAUCUAGCACUGAGUAGUGUGAACUUGGCCGAAGCUGCUGCAGACCAAAUAUCCCAGGAGUCUCUGGCUGAAAUCUAUGCCACUGCAGCUGUCACUGCUAAAGUGGGCCUACCAGUUGCAAUGCAGUUCCUUGCACGUUAUUUCCUGAGCAAGGCCAGGACUGUGUGUAAGAGUGGCAGUGGUCAAAUCCCUGUAUCCAUGCAGUGGCUAUGUCACCCACUGGGACACAGGUUCUUUGUUAGUGGCAACUGGACCAUUGGCAGCAAGGACAGCAUUUAUAGCUCACUGACCAGUGAAGCUGACCCGCUGGCCUGUGUAAUGCGUGCGUUCAGAGAGCACCUGCUGGAGAAGGCCUUGUACACACUGGUCACUCCUGGUUACAGUUCACCAAACAUCCACAAUGGUGACCACAGUGCAGAUGGGUCGCCCUCAGUCAGUGAGGUCCUGCAGUACAGCCAGCUACUAGCAGACUGCUCCAAUGCAGCCAGCACUGUGGUCAAGUUGGAGGGAGGCGUGAUGAUAGUCAGUGGGGACGAGGUGUCCAGAUGGUGGUCAGCUGUUCUGUCUGUUGGAGCCUAUUGGUUGAUGGGAGAUGAUGUGGCUGCAGAGAAACAGUUCCCCAUCAUUGAGACAUUCCCCAAAGCAUUGAAAGAGAAAGACCAUCCUCUCCCCAAGAGUGUUCUGAUCAUGUUCAAAGCGAGGAAGAACCUGCUCUCUGAUCACAAGUCUAGUUGCAGUUUUAACACCAUCAAGCUGUGUAACCAGGCCGGCCAUUUGCUGAGAGACAGCCUGCACAUGGGAGCAGAGAACAGGAGCUGUCAAAAAAACAUGGUGGGUGUGAAAGUGUCGCCCUCAGUCAGUGAGGUCCUGCAGUACAGCCAGCUACUAGCAGACUGCUCCAAUGCAGCCAGUACUGUGGUCAAGUUGGAGGGAGGCGUGAUGAUAGUCAGUGGGGACGAGGUGUCCAGAUGGUGGUCAGCUGUACUGUCUGUGGGAGCCUAUUGGUUGAUGGGAGAUGAUGUGGCUGCAGAGAAACAGUUCCCCAUCAUUGAGACAUUCCCCAAAGCAUUGAAAGAGAAAGACCAUCCUCUCCCCAAGAGUGUUCUGAUCAUGUUCAAAGCGAGGAAGAACCUGCUCUCUGAUCAUAAGUCUAGUUGCAGUUUUAACACCAUCAAGCUGUGUAACCAGGCCGGCCAUUUGCUGAGAGACAGCCUGCACAUGGGAGCAGAGAACAGGAGCUGUCAAAAAAACAUGGCUGUUCAGCUGUUAGUGUGUGACUGGCUGCUGUUGUCCAGGACCAGUGUGUGGCAGGCUGACAGUGAGAAAGGGACCAGUAUAGUGUCCUCAUCUGAACUGGCAGCAUUCCAGCAAGAUUUAAGCUGUCUGAGACAACUAGCACAAUGUUUUAAAGUGGCAUUAAGAAGAGUAUUUCUUCAUGAGGCCACUGCUCGUUUAAUGGCUGGAGCCAGCCCAGCAAGAACACAGCAAUUACUAGACAGAAGCGUACGCAGGAGGCAUAUAACUCCUCCUUUCCAUGAAAAAGAUUAUCCAGAGUCCAAAGAUACCCCAGACCGGGCCCAGGCCACCGCACUCUUCAUGGCGUGUAAACACCUACCUGAAGCCCUGCUAGCAGAGCCAGGGAGGCGAGCGGGCAUGCUGGCUGAGGCAGAGAAGUUGUAUGAACAGAUGGGAGACACCCGUGCUGCUCAGGACUGUAGGCAAAUGAUGGUUAAAAUAACCACAAGCAAGGUGCCUUUACAGGUGGCUUACUAGGCACAGGGAAGACCUUUACGUCUACUUCCUCGAGUUUUGGUUUUAUGAAAAUUUGGGAUGGUUUAUGAAAAGGAUGCAUGUGCUCACUCACAAGAGUAUUGAUAGUAUAAUUUUCUGUCCGUGAUGAGUCGACGUUUCUUGGAAAGUGGGCCCAUGUAUGUAUGUAUGUAUGUAUGUACCCAGCGUAAAAAGAACUUAUAAAUGGUAUUCUUUCAGAAUCUGAAGACUUAACGACCUAAAGACUUUUGAUAUUGCUGGCAUUUAUGUGACUUUUGCAUAAUGCACUAUUUAUACUAGAAAUAAAGGGUUUGCUACUUAAA